AUGGCCGACAACAGCUCCCCAGACUACAAAAGUCUCUUUCUGCAGGCAGAAGAGAAGCGGAGGCAGCAAGAAGAGAGGAGGCAGCUCGCAGAAGAUGAAGGACGACUCGAGAAAGGUGGGCGGGAGCAAGCCGAAUCACAACGAAACCAGAUUGAAGAACGCACCCGCCGGACAACUUUCCUGGAAUUCCCACGCCACUGCCACAACCUACUCUCCCGACCAUUGAAAGUCGCAACCCUGUCUCGCUCGACCACUAGGACGAUACCUCUCCCUAAGGGCAAACAUUGCCUGACACGGCUGCGUCCAUGGACGGAUUGUGUCCGUCAACAGCAAGCCAUCUACGACAGGUGA